AUAAAAGAGGGUAAAGUGAAAUUUGCAACUCCUAGUAUAAUAAUUGUUAGAGGGAAACGAGAGUCUUCUCCUUCAUUCGUGUUCAUCAUCAUCGUGUUUGUGUGUUGUGUGAAUUAGGGUUAGGGUUUCUUCAGAAGAUGCAGAUUGAGGUAUGGGUGCGUCUACGUCUGAUUCUUCAUCCAUGAGCGUUCUCCCCUUGCUGCGGCGGCGAUCCGAACGCAACAACCCUUGCUCCUCCAUGCAAUUGCGAUUCUCCAACAUGUGUUCCGCCGUCGGUUGUCGAUUCCGCCUCCGCUUCCAAUCGGAAUUCGAUUCCUACUCCGUCGCUUCCGAGGCUUUUUCUGAAAAACCCACCUUCCUCCGCCUCUUGACCCUUUGAUAAUCAUCAUCAAUCACAAAAUCACUCUACCCGAUUUGCCCCUCUUUGUCGGGUCGGGGUUUUCUUCUCUCUUUCGCUGCUAUGGAUUCCGAAACUGGUGAUGAUGGUGUUGUGGAGAAAGAUCCUACGUUACGAUAUGCACGGUAUGAUGAAAUGUUGGGGAAAGGAGCCUUCAAGACUGUAUAUAAAGCGUUUGAUGAAGUAGAUGGUAUAGAAGUUGCGUGGAACCAAAUUAGUAUUGAGGAUGUUUUGCAGUCUCCUAGAGAUUUGGAGAAGUUGUAUUCCGAGGUUCAUCUCCUCAAAUCGUUGAAACAUGAGAAUAUCAUUAAGUUGUAUAAUUCAUGGGUGGAUGAUAAGACCAAGACUGUUAACAUGAUAACUGAGCUCUUCACAUCUGGGAGUUUGAGGCAGUAUCGGAAGAAGCAUAAGAAUGUGGAUAUGAAAGCCAUCAAGAACUGGGCGAGGCAGAUUCUUCGAGGACUAUGCUAUCUGCACAGCCACAGUCCUCCUAUUAUUCACAGGGACCUAAAAUGUGAUAAUAUUUUUGUUAAUGGGAACACUGGGCAAGUUAAGAUUGGAGAUCUUGGAUUGGCGAUUGUCAUGCAGCAGCCUACUGCCCGGAGUGUUAUUGGUACACCAGAGUUCAUGGCCCCAGAGCUAUAUGAGGAAGAAUACACUGAACUUGUCGACAUAUAUUCCUUUGGCAUGUGUAUCCUGGAAAUGGUCACCUGUGAUUUCCCGUAUAGUGAAUGUAAAAAUCCGGCACAGAUAUAUAAGAAAGUUACUUCUGGUAUAAAGCCCGCUGCUCUUGCUAAAGUAAAUGAUCCUCAAGUGAAACAAUUUAUAGGGAAGUGUCUAGUUCCAGCUUCUAUGAGAUUGCCUGCAUCUGAACUACUGAAAGACCCAUUCCUUGCGACUGAAAACUCAAAGGAGAUCAAUCAUGAUAUUAUGCAGCUUCCUAAUCCCUCCAUCAAAUUAGUGAAUCCACCAACUUGUGAGCCUCAUCCCAUGGAGAUAGAUUCAAACCUCAAGCAUACCUCACCUGGCUCCUCUGCACCAAAAGUUGAAGAAACUUUUCAAGUUUCGAUUUUUGAUCUCCUGAGGAAGACUGAGAAUAACGAAUUUAGGUUAAGAGGGGAGAAAAAUGCUGAGAAUACAAUUUCCCUUACGCUGCGGAUUGCUGAUACUCAUGGUAAGUUUGAUACAUUUUUUUUAUUUGUUUUACUGUGCGCUAAAUGUUUAUAUGUUUAUGUAGGUGGAGCAAGGAAUAUCCAUUUUCCAUUCUAUGUCGAUUCUGAUACAGCAAUUUCAAUUGCUGAGGAGAUGGUGGAAGAUCUGGAACUCAGGCAUGAGGAUGUAGCUGUCAUUGCCGAGCUAAUAAACGACAUCAUUGUCAAGCUUGUGCCCAACUGGAAACCUUUAUGUGAGAACCUCUCUGCUGGAACAGAUCACUUGUGUAGGCCUUCUUCUGACGCUCAGAAUGAUGAACAAUUAAACUGCCAUUGGCCAUUACGAUCAAGUGAUUUUGAUAUGAAGGCAAUUUGUGAGGGUUUGGUUCAUUCGCAGCUUGUUGAUGGGGAAGAUCAGGAGAAACAGGAAUCUGUUUUGUCAGAUGUUUCAGCUGAGUAUGGGAUUACAACUGACUCAGAUUUUAAUGGUCUAGAGCCAGAUUUCUUUAUUUUUGACGAGUGCUGCGAGGAAUCCAAUGGUUUCAAUUCAAGUUCAGAAUCUUCAGACUUCAGAACUUGUGGUCAAGAAGAUGGACACAAGAAUCAAUCAGAUAACUCAGCUAGUAGCUCACUAAUCACCUCAUGUUCUAGUCCAUCCAAAAACAUGAACAUGUCAAGCACAUGUUCUCUUGAUUUAGCUGACAAAGAUGAGCUGCAGUUGGAACUUGACGCAAUUGAAACUCAUUAUCAGCAAUGCCUUCGUGACCUUGUGAAGAUGAGGGAGGAAGCCAUAGAAGAUGUCAAAAGGAGAUGGAUAACAAGGAAGAAAAUAUCAGUUAUAUAAUGCGCCAGUCCGAGUGAUUUUGUGAUUGUUCUUUUGUUUGAUUUUUCCCUGUUUUUGGUAUAUUCGUUUACCUCAAUUGGUUUCUGUUUUUUGUCUUCAAUUUUUCUCUUGGUGGUACUAUUUCCUUUGGUUUGAGAGGGGGUUCCAAUUGACCCUAACAUUUUAUAGGAUAUUAUUCUAUGUGGAUAACAUCGUAGAAUGAGCUAGUUCAAAAAAAAAUGCUCUUUGGACAAAUUAAAGUUUGAAUUUAUCUUCUGAAUUUUCCUUCA